AUGACCCUCCCUAUCCUUCCACUAGAAAUCUUACAACUAAUCGCCUCCCAUCUCUCUUCCUCUCGUAAACUAGCCACUCUAUCUCUCCUCACUCUCCUAUCCCGUGACACUUACCCUCUAAUCAUCCCUUAUCUUUACACCACGAUCGAAAUCACAGAACCAACAUCUAUAUCACUCCUCGAACCUCUUUUAAUAAUUUGUGACAUGUACGAAGAUGGUUUAACAUUUCCAUCCAACAUCACAUCUUUAACCCUAACCCUACCCCAUACCUCUUCUCAAUCUUUAACCGACAUCAAAGGGAAAUCCAAAGAGGUUUCCUCAUCUACAUCAAAUCAACAAAAUCAUAUACAUCCUCUAGAUCUUCCUCUCGAAAUUCGAAGGUUAUAUCAUUUGAGUAAAAUCAAAAGGAUAAUCAUAAAAGAUAUGUUAUACGGUUACCUUUUUCAAAAACUUAAAGAUCUUUGUGAAAAUCUGGAUGAUAAAGAAAUAAUCUUAUUUCCUUCCGUUACGAAAUUAAUCAUUUCCGUUGUUGUUUUGGAAAGGAUCAAAAGGGCUGAAAUCUCUGGGAAAAGGUUUCCAGGUGGUUUAUGGGAAUUUUUAAAAUUAUCAAUGAGACCGAAAGAUUUAUGUUUGACUUAUCCUGAUGAACCACCUAGAUAUCUUAUCCGACCCGAAUGUCUCGACCAGGGUGGUGGUAGAGGAGGUGGUGGAGGAGGUGGUGGAGCUGGAGGAAGGAGUAUGAGUUCGAGACAUGUUCAAGGAUACAGAACAGGAAGAGUUCAUGUGGGACCUAGGGUUAGACCAUCCAGACCAAUCAGUCCUCCUCCCCCAUUCGAAUCGACGGCCACGGAAUCAUCAAUUCGAAAUCGUAUCAAUUUGUCUGCAUUGGGGUUUAGACCGGCAGAAUCAUCCAAUGGUCAAUCACAACCAUCUCUUCUCGAGCAAAACGACACCGUCUCACCCAAUGCCCCAACCAUAUCUACAACUACGACCACAACUACAAUUACGACCACAACUAGUACUGCUUCUUCCCCGCAUGACGUGAUACACCGUGGUGAUAAAGCUGAAAAGACUGAUGGACUCGAUACGGGUAACAGCGACAUACAAAUCGUCUCCAGUAAUCAUAACGAGAGACUCAUCAACACUGAUAGACAUGAUCGACCUGAUCAAAAUUUCCUGGAACAUAUAUCGGAAGAUCGUACCGAUACCGAAAAUGAAAUUAACAGACCUACAAGACCUCUUCCAUCAUUAAGACUACCCACUCUAACCCCACCAAGAAUAACGUUCCGACCCUCCAACCUCCAGCUAAACUCUCAGACAUCACACGAACACGACAUACCUAGAUGGAUAGAAGAAUUAGAUGAUACGAGAAAUAUAAUCCAACAUAACGUACAUCCAUUCCUUCAUUUACCCACUAGACAAGCUGCGAAUCAUACCAUUAUUUACCUUGCGUUGGAGGAAUAUACCAGUAUCAGUGUUAGAGGUUCAUCUUCUAGGAAAAGUUUGGAUUGUGUGGUGGAACAAAUUAAAGAUAUGAUGAGAAGGACUAUACCUGAUUCAUCUACAACUCCUCAAUCAGGUGAUUCCACUUUGGUACAAGAUGAUACAUCUGAUACAAGUGUUAUUGACACGGCGGUGAAUGAAGAUAUCAUGAUGACUUCAACUUCAACUUCGAUUAUUGACCAUGAUUCGAGGGAGGGGAAAGAAGACGAGCGAGGUGAAUUGGAGGAGGAAGGUAUGAAAAGGGAUUAUGGUAUAAUGGGAAUUUUGAAAGAAACCAAUCGGACUUUUAUAUUUCAUUCUUCCGAAUGGACACAACAGGUUAAAGAUGAGGUUGAAAAUUGGAUAAUCAAGAUAUAUGGUAAACGAGGGGAAAUAGAUGGUAAAAGGGGAGAAAUAGGAAAAGGGAUCUUACGUCGUGUACGAUUUGUUACCAAAGGAAACGAGAGUUUUUGUCAUGCUUGUGGAGAAGAUUUAUAA